AUGAUAGUGAGGCACUCGUUCUUAUUUCCGUAUUUCUUUGUGUGGGCGCAAAAGCCAGAGCCAAUCCAUUUUGUGGCGCCAAUGGAGCAUGAGAGAAAUGCAUACAAAGAGUUUCUCGAGUCGUUGAAGAACUGUUGUCAGGGACGAGUGAUUGGUGGCUUCGAAGUUGAUGUUAGACUCAAAGCCGGCGAAACAAGAUCACCGCGUCUGUGGCCCCCUUGCAGCAACGGCGACAAAGAAAGUGAAGAGGAUUUCCUGACAAGCAAAUUAUCGAGCUCCCGUACCAACUUGUUGGAGAGUAUCAAGCCGAUGUCUGGAUAUCAGAAAGUUUCUCCGGCUGAAAUGGCAAAGUCUCUUACCAAAAGGGGAGAUUUCAACGCGAGUUUGACGAGCGAUUUGGAGCCACUAGAGAAGAAGAAGCAAGAAUUUUGGGAGAGAAUUUCAGCACUCAAA